AGUCGGUGCUGAGACUUCUUCAGUGCUACGCGUGUGCGCGCUUGUCGUCGUCUCGUUUUUCGCCCUGCUGUGCGUGUCAUCAUUCGCUCCAGCAAUUCACAGAAGUGCAGUGAAUGAAGUAAAAGCCUUUAAUAGGUGAUCGCCAUUAGUGGAACGCCAUCGACAGAAGUUUCGUUGUAAACUUUUGCGAAAACCACCGAUGAAUUAACGGAAAAUUGAAAAGUUAGAUCAAAUCUUGUGUGCGGAUUGGGUUGGGAUCCAUCUUGGAUUUACGCGUAGUCUCCAACAGAACAACAAACAUCCUGCUCCUCGUUCCUGUGUUCUGCCCUGCGCUGUAAUGUAACCGUUUCUCAUAGCCCGGUUCGAUAAAACCCAGUGGAAUUGUAUCAAUUCGCUAUACUUAGUGCAUUCGAUUAUUAGUUUUUCAACCUGUAGUAUCGUGUAGCGCGUGUGUGCGUGUAUUGUGUUGAUAGAAGGUAGUUAUCAGUGUUCAUGUUGUCAGUUUUCCAGCAAGGAUAAGAAAUUAUUGUGCAGAACGUCAUUAUUUCCUUGAAGGGCAAAAUAAUAAAAUUAUGAAGGAAAUUGUGUUCACUUAAAAUCAGAAAACAACAGAAAUUGUGUCUGUAUGCGGGUGCACACUCCCGUACAUACCAACAUACGCCCUACUCGUUCAGUGCUUUUCUUUCAACCGUGUUGUGUGUAUCCCGUGUGAAUGUAAAAAAAUAGGAGUAAAAUUCUGAAACGUUUUUAUCGAUUCAAAAGGUCAUGUUUUGAGUUGAGGCUGUCAAUCGCUGACAGCUGACAGUAAAGAAUUGUUCAACGAAUAAAGAACGUUGGAUAACUUGAAUUGUUCUGUAUAUACGUACGCAGUAAUCUGCGGAAAUCAACCGAGUGGCAAGGAACUUACCAGCGGUGGAAAGGAUUACACCAAUCGAUACCGUUGCAGAGCUGGUGGUGCAGUUUGCAUCCAGCAGCUCCGUGGAAUUACAUUUACAGGGCUGCUUUCGCAUUUGCACCAGCAUCAUCACAUCACCGAAAACCGUCUGCACCAAUACACAAGCGCAGAGCUGGCACAAACUGUAGCCUAGGCUGUAGCAGCAGGAAACGAUACUGUGAGAGGGCCUUGCUUUCCUUGCGCUCUGCGCUGGCUGUGGAAUGAUGUCGUCCAAAAACAUACCUGCUGAUAAGAUUCGUACCGUUUACAUCUACGGUCAACCGAUCAUCUCACUAUACGUAGAAAACCAAGAACGUUUAUGUCUAGCACAGAUUUCCAGCACUCUGUUGAAGGACUUCAGCUACAAUGAGAUCCACAAUCGGCGGGUCGCUCUGGGCAUUACUUGCAUUCAGUGUACUCCGGUUCAGCUGGAGAUUCUUCGGCGUGCCGGGGCAAUGCCCGCCUCAUCCCGACGCUGCGGAAUGAUCACACGACGGGAGGCUGAACGACUUUGUAAAUCUUUCUUCGGUGAAUGUAGCCAGCCUGCGCUGCCGGAAGGAUUCGUGUUUAACGUGUAUCACGAGUGCGCUUGGGGUUGUACUGGCGCAUUUGCUCCAGCCCGCUACAACAGUUCACGCGCCAAAUGCAUAAAAUGUUCCUACUGUAAUCUCUUCUUCUCCCCGAAUAAGUUCAUAUUCCAUUCACAUCGUCUAACUCCACACGAUAAGUACGUGCAACCGGAUGCAGCUAAUUUUAACUCCUGGAGACGCCACUUGAAACUACAAAGUUCACCCCCAGAGAAGGUAAUCUACGCUUGGGAGGAUGUUAAAGCUAUGUUCAACGGUGGGACCCGCAAGCGGUACAUUUUAUCAACGGCGAGAAAGUUCAGUGCUGCCGCAGCAGUAGCUGAAAAGUCUCAAGCUCUGUUAGAUCCGGGAAAAGAGCCCGUAACUUCAACAAUUUGCGAUUUAUCCAGCACUUCUUCUGUGAUCACUAAAAAGGAAGCACCCGAGCCAAUGGAAUCCAGCUUCAACAGUGACAGUUGCAGCAGCAGCACCAGUCCUUUCGCGCACAUUCCGCAUCUCCUAUCACAACCCACUUCGACUAGUGUGGGAAACAUCGGUGUACCUAUGGGUUCGACUGGACCCAUCGGUACUCCACCGACACCGACGGCGGUUGUGGCAGCUAACUCGGCAGCCGCAGCGGCUAACUUUGGCUUCAAACUGUCCUGUCUGCAGCCGUUCUCAUUCAACGGAAUCGGCCACUUUCCCGGGAUGGUUCCCAGCUCGAGCUAUCUGGUCCCGCUGUUACGUCCGACUAAUCCGAAAAGCAUUUCCGCUGCGGCAUUGUCCGCAUUCAAGCCCGUAGUGAAGGUCAAGAAGAGGUAUGAAAAGGAUACGAAAGAUGGGCCGGCACUGAGGUGCCGGUUUCCAACCGACACGAACGUUAAGACGUUGGCUGUUGCCAGCGCAUACUUGGUCUUGGUUCUCGGAUUAUCACGAAUAAUACAUACUUUUACGGUUAUUUCUGGAUUGUACGUAGUAGUUUGAAACCGAUAUUCGAGUCAUUUGAAAGUGAAAAUGGCAUAUGGUAUAAAAUUUGGCUACUAUCAUUUACAAAAGAGGGUAAAAAUAACAAAAUGAAAUUAGAAUAAAAUAUUUUGAUCCACACUGAAUUGGAAUGGACAACAAUGUUGAAAACGAACAGAAAAGUAUUCAGAUUAUGAAUUAAUUCGAAAAGUAUUUACAAGAAAUCGACUGCUUUUGAUAUAUAAUUAAUGGAUGUAUUACCCAAGAAAAAAAUCGUUACUAAAAAUUAUUCAAAACAUGCAUAACAACAAUUGAAAUUUAUAAAUCUCUUAGAAAUUCGCAUUUUCUCCCUCAUCCCUCAUUUUCGCGAUCAUCGACUGUGGGAAUCGCGAAUGUGGGACUCUUUAUAAGAAAUAACCAUGCCAAAGACACAACACUUUUAUCUAUUCAUUCAAACUGCGGUUAUUUGUAGACUUUUUUUGUAAUAAUUUUGUUGUAAAUUUAACGAUUUAAUAACGUUAUAGAAAAAUACACAACUUAACCUAGAAAAGUUGUUCAAAUUUUGCUAAGUUGAUAAAUUUAGCAAGUCCAAUCAAUUAUAAUUGAUUAUAAUUGAUUUGAAAUAAAAAAGUUAGUUGAUGGUUUACCGACUCUGAAUAAAGUUGCAAACUUGAUACUUUUAGUUUGCUCCUGUUUGAGUUAUCGCUAACCUAAUUUGCUUUAAACUAUACUGUCAUUCUUGCCAUAACCAGAAGCGAAUUGUCUUUCCAACCUGAGGUCUACAGUUUCGUCGCCCUCUAGCCGCUGCUUGUCGUAUAUUCAAAACAUAUCUUACAUUAACACAAAACAUUCCUAUUAUGAGGAGAGGGGGUCUGUGAAAGGGUCUAAUUUAACAAGCAGAAGCUAGAGGAAAACGGGCUUAUACUAGAAGGAAUAAUAUGAAAGUAAACAAAGGUAAGUCGAAAUGAAAAGUUUUAUUUCUUUUGUCAAUUGAAAUUCUCUUAGGUGCAUUUGAAAUAGAAACACUAUGCUACUGCACUUUAUAAUAAGACUGUGCAAAGUAAUUGAUCUUUCCUGCUGAGUAUGCCAUUGCAUUAUUUUUUACUAUUUUAAUACUAUCUGUGUUGGAGGACUUCCAAGGUCGUGGAAAAACGUACGGUGAAAUUGGAUCUCACACUUAUUUUUUUUUUAAUUGAAAUAAGAUUGUAACCAGCAGAUCAAAUUGAUGUAUGCUUUUACUAUCCGAUGUGUUGAUGAUUGGAGUCAUUUCAAAAGUAAGACAUCAUUCUUUCGUGAUGCCUAUAAUACCAUUUUUUCAGGACAGAAAUUUGCGAUACAAUCUGCAUACAAAUAUUUACUUUUCAUUUAUUACUUCAACAGAUUUCUCCAAUCACCUCUUCUAGCCGGUAAAAUAGCAUUCAAGAAUGUUCGGUCGAAUGUCAUAGCUUCUGAGACAAUGUGGUUGAAAAUUUCUCAAUUAGGUGCGCAUGUCACGUACCGGUGACAGUAUUUACUGUAGAAAUGGCUAAACAAAACGAUAUUCGGGCAAAUUACGAUACCGUUAAGGCCACCAGCUUUCCUCUCAAAAGAUUAUUAUAGCGGAGCAAAAGAGGUGCCUUUGUUGGUGUUUAAUGUUUUCGUCGUUUGUUUAUCGGUGGAUACACGUGCAGGUUCGACGAUUAAAACAAAAGUUUUCCAAGAGGAGGAUGUGACAUGAGUAUUCUAACAUGGCUUCGCAGUUUUUUUCAGGAUUGUUCCUAUAACAAAAUCGAAGGAAUUAUUUUGUCUAACCACUUUUGAAAGUAACUCACUUGAAUUGGAUACGUCUAUACAAUGAAAAUUUAAUUUUGCUACAUAAAACAAGUUUUUAGUUUUAUGAAUACCAGGAAAAUCUCAAUGGUUCGGAUUUCAAAAAAAAAGGGUUCUGGCACCAUAACGGAGUUAUUGCAACAUAACAGUAUUGCGAUAAAUUGUAAAGGAUUGGGUAUAAAAAGCGAAAAGUGUACGAACGAUGAAAACCUUUUUUGCUCAAGGGUAAAAAAUGUAAAAAAAUACACUGGUGCUAGACUCUCCGAUUUGAUUUUCUAUUAAAUCUGUGUAAACUAUGCUAGCGUAUAUCUAGGAAUACGUAUCACGUUCAGUUGUUUCCGAGGGUUAGGACGCGUGCUGUUAAUUCCGAAAGCCAUCAGCCAUCGCCAAACAGACAUCCCCGUUUCGUUAUGGAGAAGCCCAAAACUCGAAUGGAAUACUCUUGAGGCGCCAAUCUGGCUGAGGCACUGACGUAAUGUAAUACUUCCUAUGAGGAAUGUCGGACAUGGCAUGGCAUUGAGGAUAUAGAGGAUACGUACAGGGCGUAAUUGCUUUUUAGUACAAUAGUGGUUCUCUUCAUCACAAAACUGUGCUUGAUUGGUUAGCUGAAUGACGUAUAGAGUUCAACGAUAUUCUCAUAUUGCCUUUUGUUGUGACGUGCGGCACGGUACGUCUGCUGUCUGCAGCAAUGAAAUAUGAAACUAUAGAAUAUCAUCCGUAUGUCAACAACAGCCCAGCAUCAAGGUCAGCGAGAUAUGGUUAGCGGUAUUACAGCUGUCACGUAAACGAUUUCUACCCUCAAUGGGAUUUCAUGAGCAUUAAACGAUAAAAUAAAACGCAAUAACACUUUUAUGUAGGAACUUGCAAAAUUUGUGGAGCCAUCGUGUAUGUUAUACCAGUUGCGUAUGGGUUUGAUAAAAUAGCUGGGAAUAUUAGCUUUAGAUAGCACCUACAGAAAUCGUUGAAUAUUUGUUGUCAAGCUUUUCAAUAGUUUCUCAAUACAGAUUUCAAAAAUGUAAGAUCAUUAUUAAGAAUGUUUUAGGUUUUAUUUUUGUUUUGUUUUUAGUGAUAUUAUUAUAAUUUCAACAAUUUUAAUAAUAAUUAUUGUUUAGCUAUCGUUUUGUGAUUGAGACUUAUAACUUCUAGCUGCAAUUGUUCAGAGUGUCUAUUCCCUGGAAAAUCUUAAAAUAUCCAAGUUCAUAUGCAAAAACCUCGAAAAGUCAGGAAAUUUUCAGAACAAUCAGAAAAUUAUUCCUGUUAAAAUUAAUUUUACCCCAUAGAUCUAAUUUUGAUUCCUGUGCAUUGUAUUGUAAUAAAAUAACAUUAACGUUCUUAUCACGGUUUAAACGGUUUUAGAACCACAAAAAGUUAUACCACAUAAAAUUUUGGUUGGGUAAAAAGUACUGGACAAAUUAACCUUCUGGAUCAUUACAAUCAGAUAUGGGUCAUUCCAUCUCAAGUGUGCAAAAAAGUAUAAACGUGUCUCCUCAGAUUGAGAUUUGGCUCAAACUUUGUGAAAUUGUUUAUGCAAAAAUUCCCACUCCCACCAAAGUCAAACCGUGGGACCCUUCACUGUUUGGAUAAAAGCGUUUCGUAAAAAAAAAACAGAAUGUAUAGUAUAGAGAUGAAAAGAUACGUUUUUUGUAAAGGAAGUAAGUCAAGAGAUCUGAAAAGAGUAUCAAUUUUAAGCGAAAGUGUUACCAGAUAUGUUCUUUCUGCAUUUGAAAAGUUAUAUUGCAUUUUUCUGCAAAUGAGUAUAUUUUGAUUUCAAAUUUGAACGUGUUCCUGAGAAAAUUUAACACGAAAAACAUUUAUUACCCCGAGGUAUUAUGGCAAAACUCGAGUAACGGCAUUUUUAAGAAAUAAAGUAAAACUUUUUCCAUUUAAAAUAAAUUUUCUAGUAAUCGUACAUGUGGCUAGUUGAGAAUUUCCGCAGGGAUGAGUUGAAGCAGCUCAUAUUGAUUGAUUUUCCGAAAAACGGUUUUAUAAAAGGUGGUUUUUCCUAAUUUAUUAAAAUUUCCUAAAAUGGUUCGCGUUUAUUUAGAGGUAGGUUCAGUAAUGAGGAAUUUUUUUUUUCGAUUUAUUACUUCUUAAAAACCUUGCAUAGCGGCUAGAGUGUCCUUCCCGGGAUGGGAUUCCAGGGAUUUUUUUUAUUCAAAUCCCUGGGUCCGGAAAAUAUUUUCGGCAAUGGAAAUAAUUGGGAAAUCGAGGUAAAAUUUUAUUUUUAUUUUUUUCGACAUUGUGUACACUUCUGGGCAAUGUUGAGCAGUUUGUAGAUUCGAGUCUCGGCUCGGGAGAGACUGUUAGUGUCAGUAGGAUCGUAGCGCUAGCCCCGCAAUUGUCCUGUACACUAAUAAACAGUCGGCUGCGAAGCCUGUGUAUAAAAAACAGAAGGUCAAGUUUCGAAUAGGAAUGUAGCAGCAAGGCUUUGCUUUUUUUUUAGUAAAAAUGCAUAGUGACAAUUGUCAUACCAUGAAAGCACGCUUUAGUUAUCCAAUGAUACACUAAUUAUUACAUUCCGUACAUUUGUAUGAACGCUAUUAGCAUAUAAGAUCUAUCCCGCUUAACGUUAUCGCAUACCAUAACUGAGGCAUACAACAGCAGCUCUGUGAAAAACUUCACCGUUAUGCUAGUAUUGUUACAUUCAAUUUAUCAGCAGUACAAACGGAACAUGUGGCCAUAAUGGCAGCCAUCGGAAGUAUUAACUAUGAUGAAAUGGGCUUGCGUAAAAAUACCAUAGCGUAGAGUAGCCGAACCAAUUAUGGUGUACGCGUCUUACCAGGACGACGAGUGAGUUGAAUUAAACCUGCUUCAUAGCUUCAUCGAAAGUUGAAGAUAGGAUGGCGGGCAAUAUCUAAUUUCUCCGCUAAUAUUGAAUCGAUAACAUUUUUCUGUUUCAUUUUUUCAUAUUGGUAAACCGAAACUAAGUGCUUUCACCCUACAGUCAAAACUAACCAGCUGUUUAAAUUGCACUGCGCUGAAGCGAGCCGCCCAGUAUGACCUUGGGGAUCGGUCGUCAUUUACGCUUCGCUUCGAGAUACGUCGGGAAACUUCACGCUUCGAGCACCCCUCCUAUCUUUGUUUACCGGAUAAGAAGUAAGCGGUUUAUGCAGUGUUGCCACAUGUACAGAUUCAUCUCAAAGGGUACAAAUUCCCGCACUGACUUUGAAGCUUCGAAAUCAUUAACUUCUUUAAGCUAGCGAAAUAAAAUUUAAAACUGUACAUAGACUUGUUACAUCGCGUUCUAAAUAAUUUUAUGACAUCGAAUUUAAAUUCAGAUGCACAGAUACUGUGUUUGAACGAAACUGUUAGUUAUCAUGUAUAACGAAGAAAAGCUGCCGUUUAGCACUGGCCACACAAACAAAUCACGCUGGUAAAACCAUUAUGCAAUAUUGCAGCUUUACAGACGACAGAACACCUAAAGGCCCAUUCACAUGCCGAGCACGUUACUCGUUGUCACUUUCUUUCCGUUUCAGGAACAGUCAUCGAUUGCCGGAAUAAAAUUUCAUUAAGGCUACUUUACAAUUAUUAUCACCCACUUUGAACAACGGGGAAACCCCUUGUGACCUAAAUUACGGGGGCUCUGGGGAACAAACGAGUAAAGGAAACCGAAGAAGGUGAACAAACAUGGAUCGACAAUUGAUGUUGAUUUAUGGUCGAGACACCUUCCGUUUCCCGCAAGGAACGUGACAUCUCGCCCGGUGUUGCACUCCAUAAAGCCUCGAAAUUCUCUUAAUUUUCCUCACCCACUCUCUAGUGUCGGCACUGUAACUUGUUUAUGUAUUUAUGAGUCAAUAUUUCCUCCUGUACUCCGUUUCGAUCCGAUGCCAAUGUAUUCAUUAAAUAUGUAACUAACCCAUGCCUCGGAGCUUCUAUCUCUCUCUCUGUUUUUCUUUUUGUCUUUGACUCAAACAGAGGAACGGAGACAUAUUCGUCGGAAAAAACAGACACGCCACCACUAUCAACGUUUCUACCGUGCGUGACGUGAAAAAAAAACAUUUUUUUAGUAAGAAAAGCAUUAUGAUGCGAAUGAAAUGACUUUCCAUUGUGUUUGUGUCUCGAUUAAAAACAUCCCCCUGUGGUAAUCAAUUAUUGUGUUGCCAAAUCGCAGCAUUAUUUGAACUUCAUUUUUUUAUAUUCGUUUAUUCGUGCGCCUGUUUACCCUCGAAUGAUACUAAUUGAAUAUUUCUUUUUUUUUUUCCUUUAUUUUCUUUUCCGUUGUUUGGUUUGGCUCCGGCUAAC